AUGGGUAUCUUCAAGAGAUCAGCGCCGAACAAGGAGGCAACGGUUGUUGCCCAGCAGGAGGCUCCCAAGUUCGAGCGUGUGAGCUGGACGAAGGAACCUGGUCUGAGGAAGCUCUACUGGCACGCCUUCGUCUUGUGUAUUGCUUCCGCUACCACGGGUUACGAUGGCAUGUUUUUCAACAGUGUCCAGAACUUCGAAACAUGGAAAGAUCAUUUCGGUGAUCCGCAAGGUUCGAUGCUUGGCUUGCUCGGGGCAAUCUACCAGAUCGGCAGUGUCGCUUCUAUUGCUAUAGUGCCAUGGUUCGCCGACCACCUCGGCCGAAAGGUGCCUAUCGUUAUUGGCUGUGUGAUCAUGAUCGUGGGCGCUGUCUUGCAAGGUGCCGGUAACAGUCUUGGAGUCUUCAUCGGAGGCCGUUUCCUUAUGGGUUUUGGCAACUCCUUCUCGCAGCUGGCUUCUCCUACGCUCCUCACAGAGAUCUGCCACCCUCAGCACAGAGCCCGUCUCACAACGGUUUACAACUGUCUCUGGAACGUCGGCGCCCUCUUUGUCUCGUGGCUCUCCUUCGGCACAAACUACCUAGGCAAUGAGUGGUCAUGGAGGAUCCCGGCUUUGCUUCAGGCUUUCCCCUCGUUGAUCCAGCUCACCUUCAUCUGGUGGGUUCCAGAGUCGCCGCGUUACCUGGUCGCCAAGGACAAGCACGACCAAGCCCUCGAGAUUCUCGGAAGAUACCACGCCAACGGCAACGUCAACCACCCAACUGUUCAGUUCGAGUACCGUGAAAUCAGGGAGACCCUCGCCCUGGAGCUGGAGGCAAAGAAGCAGAGCAGCUACGUCGAUUUCGUCAAGACCAAGGGCAACCGCUACAGGCUGGCCGUGCUCAUCUCUCUCGGUAUCUUCUCGCAGUGGUCCGGCAACGCCAUCAUCUCCAACUACUCGAGCAAGCUCUACGACUCCGCCGGCGUCACGGACUCGACUUCCAAGCUCGGUCUCUCUGCCGGCCAGACCACCCUCGCCCUCAUCGUCUCCAUCACCAUGGCCAUGUUCGUAGACAAGCUCGGCCGCCGCCCGACCUUCCUGGCCUCCACCGGCGGCAUGUUGCUCACCUUUGUGUUCUGGACGCUGAGCACCGGCCUGUACGAGGACAAGGGCGCCGAGGGCGGCAGGUACGCCAUGAUCGUGUUCAUCUGGAUCUUCGGCAUCUUCUACUCCCUCGCCUGGUCCGGCCUGCUCGUCGGCUACGCCAUCGAGGUCCUGCCAUACAACCUGCGCGCCAAGGGUCUCAUGAUCAUGAACCUGUCGGUCCAGGUCGCCCUGACCCUCAACACGUACGCCAACCCCGUCGGCUUCGAGGCCUUCGAGCCCCACACCUGGAAGCUGUACCUCAUCUACACCUGCUGGAUCGCCCUCGAGUUCGUCUUCGUCUACGUCAUGUACGUCGAGACCAAGGGCCCCACCCUCGAGGAGCUCGCCAAGAUCAUCGACGGCGACAACGCCGCCGUCGCGAAGCUGGACCUCCACCAGGUCGAGAAGGAGGCCCAGAUCGAGUCCCAUGAGGAGCACUUCACAGGGAAGUCUUAA